UGUUGUUGUUUUUUAACAGAUACAUGGAAGCUGCAGUUUACGGAUAAUCGUCUUUUCUGGCAACCCGGCGGCGGGCCCUCGGACGCCGAGCCUCCAUCCUGGCACUUACCUUCAUCCUGGUAACUCACAAGUCCCCGGACCAAAAACAGGAAGUGCAGGAUGAGUUCAGCAGCAGAGGAUGAGGAGGCUGCAGCGUUAGAGACGGUGAAGUCUGUCACCCUCACUCAGGACAGUGAUGGAAGCAUCAUACUGCACUGUCCUCCCAAUGAUGAGGACUCGGAGCCCCUUCAGAAGAAACUGCGUCUCUCUACAGAAGAACAGGAAGACUCAGACACACCUCAGUUCUCUGUGGUCACUUUACCAAUGUCGGAGAACGACGAAGGGUUCGAGGUGACGAUGACAGCCACAGCAGAUGGUGAUCUGUCGGAGGAGGGCGUCGCUCAGAUUCAGAUCCUGCAAGAGGAUGAGGACUGUCUCUCGCCAAAUCAGAAGACAGAGGUGUCACCUGUCAGUCAGGCCUGGUUCACCACAAAAGAAGACAAAGACACACUGGCUAACAAAGGUCACAAGUGGAAACAGGGCAUGUGGUCUAAAGAGGAGAUUGACAUUCUGAUGAGCAACAUUGAUCGAUAUGUGAAGGACAGAGGCAUCGAAGACCCGGCAGAGAUCAUAUUUGAGAUGUCCAAAGAGGAGAGGAAGGAUUUCUACCGUUCUGUGGCCUUGGGGUUAAACAGGCCUCUGUUCGCCGUCUAUAGACGAGUUCUGCGAAUGUACGACAACCGCAACCACGUCGGGAAGUAUACUCCUGAUGAGAUAGAGAAGCUAAAAUCUUUGAGGGAGAAACAUGGGAACGACUGGGCGACUAUUGGAGCAGCUCUGGGUCGCAGUGCCUCUUCUGUUAAAGACCGCUGCCGACUAAUGAAGGACACAUGCAACACAGGUAAAUGGAGUGAGGAGGAGGAGAGACGUCUCGCUGAGGUUGUAUACGAGAUGGCAGGUGCGACACCGGGGUCAGCGGUCACGGGAGGCGUCUCUUGGGCGUCAGUGGCUGACCAGGUUCGCACGCGCUCAGAGAAGCAGUGUCGGUCAAAAUGGUUGAAUUACCUGAACUGGAAACACAGUGGAGGGACGGAGUGGACGAAGGAGGAUGAUCUGAACCUCAUACGCAGGAUAUCGGAGCUGGAGGUGGAGGAUGAGAAUGAAAUCAAAUGGGAGGAUCUUGCAGGCGGGUGGAGCAGCGUUCGAUCGCCUCAGUGGCUGCGAUCUAAGUGGUGGAGCAUCAAGAGACAAGUAGCCAAUCACAAGGACAUCCCCUUCAGUGUCCUUCUGAAGGGCCUCCAAGAGCUCAUGGCAUCCUCGCAGACCGGAUCGGGACCAGGGAGCCCCUCUUCGUCCUCGCUCCAGAUCAGACUCACCCGAUUGGAGGAGAGCAGCGGCAGCCCCACCCCCACCUCUGUGGCCGCGCUGCAGAUUCCCGUACAGAUCCCGCUGCAGAUCACACACCUGGCCUCAGAUUCUUCAGCAGCAGCCAGCGACAGUGAAACCAUCACUCUGAACACAGGAGCUCUGCAGACCUUUGAGAUCCUGCCUUCCUUCCACCUGCAGCCCACCGGCACCCCAGGGACCUACUACCUCCAGACGACAUCCAAUCAGGGCCUGCCACUCAGCCUCUCCACCGGUCAAGGCCUUCCACUCAGUCUGGCCAAUAACAGCACGGUUACCCUGACAACAGGCUCCUCUCCAUCGCCACAUGAACACAUCAUCCUCCACAGCCUGUCGACGGACGGCCUCUGCUCCAGCGACGGCGUCAUCAUCCAGACAGUCACUUCUGACCCCACCUCCUCAGACCCUCUCAGCCAAUCACAGCUGGUUGUGGAAACAGAGGGGCGGGGCCAGGACGACCACCUAGCUGCCACAAGUCUCCUGGAGGGUGCAGAGAGUGUUGUCACGGAAACGCAGGAGGCACUGACUGAUGGCUUCACUGACAAGGAGCUGAGUUCCCCCUCUGUUGAGGGUCCAGUGGUGCAUUCUGGGAUAACACCAGGCAGCGCUGUGCUGAUUGUGUCUCCUCCCAACAUCAGCAGUACACUGACAGAACAAUUUAUCAAAUGACAGUGUGAAAGGAGUCCCUGGUAGGAGUGAACCUACAGAGAAUUAUCAGGUGAAUCUGCAGCUCCCCAUCAGCCUUUAUGAGGCUUUACAGUGAGUUUCAACUCAUUGUUUACUGUUCUGGUUCACACUCACGCUGCAGAGGGCAGCUGUUUUCAGAGUAAAAGCUGUGAACAGCCAUUGUCCACUUAGCAUUUAACAGCUAAAGACAUAGAAAGGAGGGAUACCAGAGAGUACAGCAAAGAUCUUCUCCUCAGACAUUCAUCCACUUCAGGUAAAAACACCAAAUUUCCACUCCCAUCACUGUAUCACUUCUUCUUUGUUGUGUUUUGGUCAAACUUUUGAACCCAUGGCUUAAAUCUGCCUCCAAAACUGGACGUCGUUCUCUGUCUGUGUCCACAGAUCCAAUCUUGGAGAACCAGGAAGUCUCAGACUGAGCUGGACCUUCAUCACGGUGGAUGGUGAUUAAAUGGGACUACAGGAUGAGCCUGUUAACCGCAGUAAAAACCUGAAAACUGUAGCUGCUGCACAGUACAACAUCCCCACCCUCCACCACAGCAAGGACAGCAUCUGUCUGCUUGUUGAACUGUGAGUUAAAGUCCCAGACUGAACACUUUUUAAACACAGACUCACACAGCUGUAAAUGAAGCAGGAUUUCUGAAUCUGUCUGAAUCCCCUGGAUGAAAUGUGAAUGCAGCACUGUGCCAGCCGUCAGGCCAUCAGCAGACGUCCUCACAGCUCCUACAGUGCCAAAGAGACUCUAAAGGCUGUGAUGGAUGUAAAAAAAUGCUAAUAGUUAUGUAAACAUGAAGGAGAAGAUCUUAGUAACAAAUUGAAUGAUUAAUAAAUCCCGUCCAGAGUGACGUCCUUGUAUUUUAAA